CUCUCUAGUUACAGGGGUUUACUCCCUCUUUUUGCCGCCAUCUCUUCUUCACUCUCUCCUCCAAACUGCGGACAUGGCUAUGGCGAUUCGUUCUGCACUCGCAAAGCUGGCGAGUAACUCUGUUCACAAGAACAGAAGUGGAAUUCUGAUGCUUAGGGCUUUUGCUAUCGACAAAAACCUCGAUCGCCAAAGCCGGGCCGUUUCGGGGUUUCCUGCCGGUCAUUUCUUCCGUCACCGAUUCGAUUAUGGAAGCUAUAAAAGCAAAAAAAAGGAGCUUAAGGUAUUUGAUUAUUAUAUGGAUUUAGGAGGAUUAGAGCCUGCCCGUUUCGCCACGGAAGAGUUCAACAAGCGAAAGAAAAUGCAACUGCAGUUUGUGAGAGUUGUCAAGGCACAUAGGCAUCUGCUGUGCACAGGAAUUAGCAGCCUAUAUGAUAUAACAUUGGAGGCAGUUGAUGCCGGUGUCGCUAAACUUUACCAAGCAAAAGUUUCAGUAAAUUUCACUGAUGGCAUGUUUUUGGAAUGGUUCUGUCUUGUUGUCGAUGAUGGGUGUCCUAUAGCACUAUUUGAUCACCUAGAAAACUUUUUUGCUCAGAAGGACAAUGAAGACAGAGCAGAGAGUCAAAUUCCGAUGUGUAAAAAGCAGGGACUUAAUUGUUCUAAUAACUUAUGUAUCAAACUAUGUCGUAUUGAACCUGCAUAUGACUUAUCAAAUAAUGGCAAGAUGCAAAAAUUUGGACGUUGGGCCGUGAAAAUGUACAACAAGGAAAAGAAUGCUAAACUGCAGUUUAAGAGAGUGGUGAACGGAAGCAAGCUGCAGUGGGAGGAUUUUGUUUAUCUAACAAUGGAGGCAGCAGAUGCUGGUGUGAUGAAAAUUUACCAAGCAGAACUGUUUUUGCCAGAUGACGAGAAGAUUAAGCAUCCCAAUUCCAAGCUCAUUUUGUUUGGCCAUGUUGAUGAUAAUGGGGGAUUGUCGAUACUAAUUGAUAAGAGGCAUGAAGAAUGCACAAAAGAGAUUUUGGAAUCUGAAGAUAUUAUUACAGCAUACCAGCAAGGUCUGUAAGAAUUUCUUACAGCAUGCUUUUUUCUUUUUGGUUACUGCCGUUACAAGGAUUCUAAUGUUUUCCUUCCAACCUUUUUGAGAUAUUGAAAACAAGAGCCGAUGAGAUUAUUCUGCCUAUAUUAAGUGAAGAGAUUAGAUCUGGUUAGUAAAUGGCGGUAAUAGAUUGUGCAAUGCAUCAGUUGACUAUGUGUGUGUGUGUGCAGUACUAUAUAUCUGAGAUUCUGAGAUAUCAAUUAGUUAGGAUUGUGGGCUUUCUUUGAAUGUCCUUUGAUCGGCCUGUAAUUACACUACUGUUACAAUUAGAUCAUAUGAGUACUUUUUUGUUC